AUGGCUGGGCGCCGCAUGGCUGCGGCGGGGCUGCCCGACCCCCUCCCGGCUCGCGCCGCUGCGCUGGCGCUUGGGGCCUCGGCCGCCGCCCAUCCCCGCCCCAUUGUGGUUCAAAAUGUGAAGCUCAUCCGUGACAAGAAUUCAGGACAGCUUCAGGGCUAUGGUUUUGUUGAAUUUACAAGCCGUGCAGCUGCAGAGCGAGUUCUUCAGACAUACAAUGGACAGAUGAUGCCAAAUGUUGAGUUGACAUUUCGGCUGAACUGGGCCAGUGCUGGUGAAAAGCGUAAUGAUACUCCUGACUAUACUAUUUUCGUUGGGGAUUUGGCUGCAGAUGUUACAGAUUACUUGUUACAAGAGACAUUCAGGGUUCAUUAUCCCUCGGUGAAGGGUGCAAAAGUUGUGACUGAUAAAUUGACAAUGCGCACAAAGGGAUAUGGGUUUGUGAAAUUUGGUGAUCCUACAGAGCAAGCUCGUGCAAUGACUGAAAUGAAUGGAAUGCCUUGUUCUUCCAGGCCUAUGCGUAUUGGUCCUGCAGCAAGUAGGAAAAAUACAGGAGGUGUUGUUCAAGAGAGAGGUAAGCAUGGCCAGUCUCAUGUCCUUGUGAUUCUUGUUAGCUUCUACAUGUUUGCUGAUUGA